CCAGACAGCAGAGCCGGCGGAGACACAGCACCCAACGAAGACGGGGACCCCCCCAAGCCCGAGAGGAAGGGCCCCGAGAUGCCACGACUGUUCUUGGACUUGGGACCCCCUCAGGGGAACAGCGAGCAGAUCAAAGCCAAGCUCUCGCGGCUCUCGCUGGCGCUGCCGCCGCUCACGCUCACGCCGUUCCCGGGGCCGGGCCCGCGGCGACCCCCGUGGGAGGGCGUGGACGCCGGGGCGGCUGGCGGGGAGGCCGGCGGGGCGGGGGCGUCGGGGCCGUCGGAGGAGGACGGGGAGGACGAGGACGAGGACGAGGAGGAGGACGAGGAGGUGGCGGCGGCGGGCGCGCUUGUGGGACCGCGGUGCCCCGGGAGAGCGCGGGCAGCCCCGGUGCCCGUCGUGGUGAGCAGCGCCGACGCGGACGCGGCCCGCCCGUUGCGGGGGCUGCUCAAGUCUCCACGCGGGGCCGACGAACCCGAGGACAGCGAGCUGGAGAGGAAGCGCAAGAUGGUCUCCUUCCACGGGGACGUGACCGUCUACCUCUUCGACCAGGAGACGCCAACCAACGAGCUGAGUGUCCAGGGCCCCCCCGAGGGGGACACGGACCCGUCAACGCCCCCAGCGCCCCCGACGCUUCCCCACCCCGCCACCCCCGGAGAUGGGUUUCCCAGCAACGACAGCGGCUUUGGAGGCAGUUUCGAGUGGGCGGAGGAUUUCCCCCUCCUCCCCCCUCCAGGCCCCCCCCUGUGCUUCUCCCGCUUCUCCGUCUCGCCUGCGCUGGAGACCCCGGGGCCCCCCGCCCGGGCCCCCGACGCCCGGCCCGCAGGCCCCGUGGAGAACUGACUCCCCGAAGACCUGACCCCCCUCCACCCCCAGAAGAGGGGUUGAGAGUAGAAUCCUCUGUGGACGAUGGAGCCACUGCCACCACCACAGACGCCGCCUCCGGGGAGGCCCCCGAGACCGGGCCCUCCCCCUCCCCCACCAUGUGCCAAACGGGAGGCCCUGGCCCUCCGCCCCCCAGCCCCCCGGACGGCUCCCCUGAGCCCCCUGACCCCCUCGGUGCCAAAUGAGGCAGGAAGCCCCUCACCCCUCCCUGGAGAGCCGCCUUUCUCGGAACUGAACUGAACUCUUUAGGGCCUGGAGCCCCUCUGCACAGCGGAGGCCCCUCCUCACCCACUCCCAGCCCCAGACAGGGGCCGAAGGCUUCAGGGACCUGGACCCCGCCCCCCAUCUCGCGUCUCCCCUUUCCCAGCCCAGCCUGGCCCCUGGAGGGGCCUCUGGUUGAAACCUUCGCGUGGCAUUUUCACAUUAUUUAAAAAAGACAAAAAACAACUUUUUGGAGGAACGUGGGGCGUGUGUGUGUUUCGGGAGAUGAAGAGGGGAGGCUGCAGGGAGCAGGUGCUGUCCAGGAGAUACGGCCAUCCUCACAGCCCCAUCUGACAGGAACAUCAAGGCUCAGAAAGGCAGAAAUGCCUGUGUGGCAGCAAGACCCCCGGCUUCUCCACUUCUCUGGAUCUCAGUCUGGUGUCGGCAUCACCGACUUCUGCUGCAGCCUCAACUUACAGUUCAGGAGGUGACGAGGAGCCGGCGAGCGUUCGGGAAGGUGGCAGGUUAUGGUCAGAGCUGGGUUUCUGCAAGGUGGCCAGAAGCUGUCCCGGGGCCAGGGCUGGUGAGGAAAAUGCUCGGAAAUGACCUGCCAGCACCCACACUGGAUCAUGGCCACAACCCACACAUCUCAGAAUGGCACUGCCUGUGCCUCGAGGGUCAGAAUCUAUCUCCCUGCCCAUGGUAACUGCCUCAGUUUACCUGUUUCUCCAUGUGACCACCCACCUCUCUGACAUUCUCUUGCCUUUCCCCUAAUCGAACCUCUCCAUUCAAAUUUCUCUCUUUUUGUUUUUUGUCCCUUUAGUUCCCUCUUUCACCCGGUCCCAGUUCUUUGUUUUCCCAUCCCAUGUCUUCAGCCUCUUUCUUCUCAUCUAUUUCUUCGUCUGAGUAUCACCCCAUCUCUACUUCUUUCUCCUUGUCUGUGUGUCCCCGUCACCUUCCUGUCUCUAUUAUGUCCUUCUGCCACGGGCUUUUGUCUCGAUUUCUUUUUCUCAGUUUGUCCUGGUCUCUUGACUGAUUCUGUCUCCAUCUUUGUCUUU